GAACUAUAAAUGAUUUCUUGAUGGUGUACGCGCACAUUUGAGAAAUUUCGUUGUGAAUAUAUAAUUUAUGAUGUCUGUUUACUUUUUUUUUGCUUGUUUAGUUUUCGUUGUACUGAGAUUCGAUGCAAAUGCUGAAUCUUUCAAUAAUCCUGAAAAUAAAAUCAGUUAUUAUCUGCAUCCUGAUGCAGGGCUAAAUAUUAGUCAACUGUUGGAAAAGUAUGGAUAUCCUUUAGAAACCCACGUGAUACAAACAGAAGAUGGAUACCUACUUAGUGUCCACAGAAUAGCUAAUGGACAUCAAUAUUACUCAAAUUCCCCUAAAGUUCCUGUGCUUUUGGUCCAUGGAUUGAUGAGCCAAUCUACAGACUUUGUUAAUGCUGGACCAGGUAGAAGUCUUAGCUAUUUAUUGGCCGACGAAGGGUAUGACGUGUGGUUAUUGAACUGUAGAGGUAAUACACAUUCAAGACGUCAUAUCACUUUGGACCCCGAUAAGGAUAAAUCAAAAUUUUGGGAUUUCAGUUGGCAUGAGAUGGGAAAAUACGAUUUACCAAAUACUAUUGACUACAUAUUGAAUGCUACCAAUCAGGAGAGUCUGUUUUACAUCGGACACUCCCAAGGUACGACAACAUUCUUCGUGAUGGCUUCCUUGCUGCCAGAAUACAAUAAAAAAAUAAGACACGCUUCUCUGCUUGGACCUGCAGCACUAUUCUCUAAUAACAUGGAUAUUAAAUAUAGGACAAUGGCAAAGUUUCACAAGGAACUCAAGCUAGCCUCUUUGAUUUUCAAUGUCCAUGAAUUUUUGCGCCAUAGUGAAUUUUAUUUGGAUGUGGUGAAAACUUUAUGCCUCGAAGGACAGGAGACUUACGACUUGUGCAAGGCUUUGUAUACAAUUGGAGCUGGUUAUUCUCCAACUGAGUUUAAUAUGACAAUAUUACCGGUUAUAGCUUCCAACUCACCUUCUGGCUUUGCUGUUAAGCAAGGUUUCCAUUAUUUCCAGUUAUUUUUGAAUGGAGGUCUGUUUAGGCAAUAUGACUACGGCUCUAUUGUGAACUUGGUGAAAUAUGGUGCAUCAAAACCCCCAAAUUACAACUUAUCUAGCAUUUCAGCACCAGUUACUCUUCACUACGCAAAAGAAGAUCAAUGUGUGGAUUAUAAGGAUGUUGAGAUCAUAGAAACUUUACUUCCUAAUGGUAUUAAACGUAUGGUUCCAGAAAUCCAUUUCACUCAUCUUGAUUUUCUAUGGGGUAAUAAUGUUAAAUCUUUGAUAUAUGACUAUAUGUUGGAUGAAAUGGAAAAAUAUCAAUAAAAAUAAGCAAUAAAUAUUUUGUCUGAACUAUUUUAUAAAAUCAAAGAAAAUGUGGGAUGUAAAAUCGUUUUUUACAAGAGAAAAAGCAGAACACUCAGAUAACUUAUAUUUGCAGCUUCAGGACAAAUAAAAUAAAGCUUCAAAAUGUGUGGUUUAUAAGUUCAUAUGAUUGUGAACCAUAGAAUAAUAUGACAAUGUCCUAUAAACCAUAGAAUAAUAAGACAAUGUCCUGUAGACCAGAGAAUAAUUAUAUCUUUGUUUUUUGUAUGUAACACAUAGCUAAGAAAUUAUAAUUUUUGAUAAAUAA